UAUUUUCUACGAUGAGAAAAGGCGUCGGGCAUGCGCGUCUAUUCAGCAUCCCCUCCCCACGCCAUGGAAUAUUAAAUGUUCCCGCCCAGUCGAGAGUCCAGCCUCGCAAGAUUGUGCCACUGAGAGUGUAGGCGGACAAAUAUAGGAGCGCGGGCAACAUCCAGCAGCAGCGGGAGGAACCGUCAAUAGUCGGACAGGUUUCCACCCAAGCGCCAGCAACUUCACUUUUCUCUUAAUAGGCAAUCAGUUAAUUGUUGAAAGGUCGCCCGUCAAGUCGUUCAUUAUGCGCGUGGAAAAGUGAAUUCCGCCGCCCACGUCAUGUCACGUCGCCCAGAGUUGAAUUAAAAAAUUUGAGUGGGGCAUCAGUGAUGUGGUCGUCGUCGGCCUCGCCGGCCACCGGACUGGAGAAUGGAGAUGGCGAGAUUUGGCCGUGCUUGUGGUUCAACGGCAGUCACGGCAUUGGCAACUGCAACAGCAACGCGCUGGACGACGAGAGCCGAGUCGUUCAGGCGGAUGACGACGGCCGGGACUCGUCGUCGACGCAAAAUAUCACGGAAAUCUACCAGACGUGGACGCCCGUCUUGAUCUUCUUCUGCGCUCUGACGUUUCUGCUCAACGUCUUCAUCGUCGUGGCGGCCAGGUGGAUGCGCCGCCCGCUCACGCCGACCAUGUACUUUAGUUUGAGUCUGGCCGCUGCUGACGCCGUCGCCUCACUCACCGUCGGACUGGGACUCGUUUUCAACAGUUUACUGCCCAAAGUGUACAACCUUGACAUACCGGACUGGGGCCCUUGCAGCAUGCUGGCCAUGGAAGCCAUCCGACUGGCGGCUGUCAUCGUCACCGUUUUCCACCUAUUAGCUCUGGCCGUCAACCACUACAUCGGCAUCGCCCGGCCGCUUCACUACGCCGCCAUCAUGACAAAACGGACUGCCAGCUUCUGCAUGGCCAUCCUGUGGAUAGUCCCGAACGCUGCCCUUUUCGCUUACUUCUCAUCAAUUGAGAAUCAAGGAUUUCAGUCUCAGAGAUGCAAAACGGAUUUCAUCCGAGAGCUGCGCUUUCGUGGGCAAUACGCCAGUUUCUUCUUCGCUCCACUCAUCUUCAUGAUCUUCAUUUACGGCCACAUUUUCAUCAUCAUCCGACGUCACCAGGCCAAUCGGAGGGCCUUGAUCCAGCACGGCUCCCGACACGCGACGCCCAUCUCCUCAACAACGGCGGGUGGAGGACACAGCACGACCGUCACAGUCGAAACAGCAGCUGGAUCGGCUACUAGUCUGCGCUACCAUUCGCAUCACCAGUCAUCCGUUUCAUCCGCCAGACGUUUUCCCACCGUUGGAAAUAAGCCGUCGCUCCACCGCCAACGUAAUCAAGCUUCCGCCUCGACCAACUCGGAGAGUAUCGAUCAUAGCAACAACGCCGUCAACAGAAACGUCAAGGCCAUCAUCACUACUCUGCUCAUCGUCGGGACGUUCAUCCUGGGCUGGAUGCCGGCCGUGAUUUGGUUCAUCGUUUACUGCAAGGAUUGCAUCGUGACGUUCGAGAGUCUCGAUCCUAUUGUGACUCUGCCCAUCGGCAUCACCGUCAACUGUUUGAUCGUUUUGAAAUCUUUUCUCGAUCCCAUUAUCUACACGGCCCGCAUGAAAGACUUUAAAGUAGCUUUCCACCGGAUGCGCUACCAGCUGUUGUCGAAAUGCUUCCCCCGCUGCCGAUGGUGGGGCGAAACGGGCGGCGGCGGACCCGAAGACGACGGGACCAUGGUUCAUUUUAAUCGCAGUCUCCUGCUGGGCAACAAUUCAAUGGCCCAGUCAACCAUGCACAAUCUGCCGUCGCAGGUUCAAACGCGUCGCUCCAUUCGCUUCAGCCAACCGAAAAUCAAUCGGACAAACAGCAACGGCGGUCCGGCAGCCAACGAUGGACCGUCACGCCAACGCGACCCGCCCGUUGUCGCCGAUCAGAGCGAACGCCUCCAAGAGUGAAAACGCUCGCGGGACUUUGUCCGUACACACACGCACACAAAAUAAACAAAUGGGUUGGAAAAAAGAAGAGGCUUCACACUGUCGAGCUAAACAAAUUGGUUAAAGCGUCUAGAACCAACCAAUCGCGUUAAAUAUCAAUAUUUAAUCACCCACAACAACCAAAAAAAUGUCGUUUCACGUUUCGGUGCGCACAUUUCUCUCUCUUUUGUGUUCCCUUAUGGAUGUCAGCAAACCCGAUUGUUUUAUCGACAUGAUCUUGUGUCCCCAGCUGCUUUCCCCCCCCCCCCUGUUUUUGCACCAAUCGACGCGGUGUAAAAACAUUAAUGUAAUACAUGUUCUAUCCUCCUCCUACUCCACCCUGGCGUGAAUAACUGCCACUGACAGGCCCGAGAUUAUAUUUAUUAAUAUAAGGCUUUAAUCUUACUUUCCGUCGACGGCGUUGAUCAAU